ACAAGAGAUUAGAGAAGCAGCAUACCCCAAAUAAUCAUUAUAAACGAAAUCCCUAAUCAGAAAAAAAAAAAAAGCAGUAUCUUGAUCGAAACAGGAAACUUCGGCGCGACUGCGAUUCUGCACUCUGGCGGAAGCCCAAUUCAAAUCCUUGCAAGUUCUCUUAGAAUCCUAAUAUAUCGAGGCUCUGUGUUACGUUUCUCGAUCUGGUUCGCUGUUAUUUUGUGGAUUGGAAGGCGUUUGAUUAUCUUAAUAUAGGCUGCGAUUAAGGCUGUGCCGACAGCGUUUCAGGCCAUGAGGAAGAGGGAGAGAGAGAACCCAUGUGGGGUUUGUGGGCACUAUCACAAGUAUGAAGAAGGAGAGGUUUGUGGGAUUUGUGGGCACCGAGCUCCGCAAUCAUCGGAGACACCGUCUUUGCAUAUAAGCGCCUUUCCAACAGAGAUCCUGCCGGACUUCUUAUAUCUGGGGAGUUACGAUAACGCUUCGCGGUCUGAGCUUCUCAAGACUCAGGGAAUUUCACGCGUUCUUAAUACUGUACCUGCAUGUCAAAAUCUCUACAAGAAUUCAUUUACCUAUCACUGCCUCAAAGACGACCAAGCUUUACCAUUUGAUGACGCAAUUCAGUUUUUAGAGCAAUGUGCGAGAGACAAAGCUCGUGUUCUUGUGCACUGCAUGUCAGGAAAAAAUAGGUCGCCAGCUAUUGUAAUAGCUUAUCUGAUGAAGUGUAAAGGAUGGAAGCUUGCACAAAGUUACCAGUGGGUGAAAGAGCGAAGACCAUCAGUUGACAUAACUCAGGCGAUCUACCAACAAUUACAGGACUAUGAGCAGAGGAUAUUUGGUUCAAUUGUUGGUGGCAACUCUUUCCCCCCAGUCUUUACCCCUGCAGGUUUGCCAUCCUUCAACUUUGGGUUUCCAAAGGUGAACGAUCCUAUUCAUGUCCCUGCUUUCAGUAGUAGCACUUCCUCCAUCUUCUCCCAUCCUCCCGUGGAUGUUAGUCCGCAGGAGUUUACAUUUGGAGCUGGUCAAACUCAAAAUAACGUCUCUGGCAGCCCUUUCAAUGCAAACCUGAACUCCAAUGGUAGUGAUAUUGCAAUGGACAGUUCUUAAUCCCCUUGACUCCUUAUAUCAAACGGCUACCGGGGCUUGAGUUCUAUACUUUGGUUGUAAAGUUGGCUGGAAGCGCUUGAAGUCUUAUCAGUGUUGGAUCUAGAAACUAUCUGCCCAACUUAAUCAUUGAUGUUUUUGGCCUUUGCAGUUACCUCCAUUAAUACAAGUACCUCCCUUUAUUUGUGUCUUGUUUUGUGAUUUUAUGAAUAUCCCAGACUACUACUACUAUCCUUGUAGUCUUGUGCUCUCUUGUCUA